AAACCUUUUUAACUUUUUUGUUACCAAAUUUAAGAAAAAAAGACGUGCUUUCGUCAUCAGUGUUCUUUCGAUUUCUACAUAUUUCACCAUUUUCUUAGAUUCCAUCUACUCAUUUCAUAGUCGAAACAUCUUUGCUUUUGUUAUUAGUGUUCUUUUGGAUUUCUAUAUAUUCUACUCGUGUCAUACUCAACACAUCUUUCUUUUGUUGUUGUUGUUGUUAAGGAUGUUGAGUCCUUUGAUAGACCAAAAGGAAAAGAGCAAUAUUCCAAGGCAGAAAAACCAUCUAUCACUUGCAAUUUCAGAAGCAAAAUGCAUAGGCAAUAUUGCAUUUCCAAUGAUAUUUACAGGCCUAAUUCUUUAUUCACGUUCAAUUAUUUCCAUGAUUUUUCUUGGUCAUUUAGGGGAACUUUCUUUAGCUGGUGGUUCACUUGCAAUUGGAUUUGCAAAUAUAACCGGUUAUUCGAUUCUUUCAGGUUUAGCCAUGGGAAUGGAACCAAUUUGUGGCCAAGCUUUUGGUGGUAAAAGAUUCAAGAUUUUAGGCCUUACAUUACAAAGGACAAUUCUUUUGCUACUUUUAACCUCAAUUCCCAUUUCAAUUUUAUGGCUAUAUAUGCAAAAACUCUUGAUAUUUUGUGGCCAGGAUCAUGAAAUUGCAUCAAUGGCACAAAAUUACAUUCUUUUUUCACUCCCUGAUCUUUUUGCUCAAUCACUUUUACACCCCCUAAGGAUUUAUCUUCGUUCACAAUCCAUCACAUUGCCUUUAACUUAUUGUGCUAUUUUUGCAACUAUUCUUCAUAUUCCAAUUAAUUAUUUCUUAAUCAAAAUUCUUAAUCUUGGUAUUAAAGGUGUUGCCUUAAGUGGGGUUUGGACAAAUUUCAAUCUUGUUGGGUCAUUAAUUGUUUAUGUUAUAUUUUCUAAGAUUUACAAGAAAACUUGGAGUGGAAUUUCUUUAGAGUGUUUCAAGGGAUGGAAAUCACUUCUUAAUUUAGCAAUUCCAAGUUGUAUUAGUGUAUGUUUAGAGUGGUGGUGGUAUGAAAUUAUGAUUUUAUUAUGUGGGAUUUUAAUUAAUCCUCAAUCAACAGUUGCAUCAAUGGGGAUUUUAAUCCAAACAACAUCUUUGAUAUACAUUUUCCCAUCAUCAUUAAGCUUUGGUGUGUCAACAAGAGUUGGAAAUGAAUUAGGUGCUAAUCGCCCUAAUCGCGCUAAAUUAGCAGCCAUACUUGGACUAUGUACAAGUUUCGUUCUGGGAUUCUCAGCCUUAUUUUUUGCUAUUGUGGUACGGAAUGUUUGGGCAAAAAUUUUCACUCAAGACCAAGAAAUCAUGAAAUUAACCACAAUGAUUUUACCUAUUAUAGGACUCUGUGAACUUGGGAACUGUCCACAGACAACAUGUUGUGGUGUGUUAAGAGGAACAGCUAGGCCGAAAUUAGGUGCUAAUGUUAAUUUAGGAUGUUUUUAUCUUGUUGGAAUGCCAAUUGCAAUUUGGUUAGGAUUUUUUAUGGGAUUUGAUUUUAAAGGAUUAUGGCUUGGAUUAUUAGCUGCACAAGGUUCAUGUGCUGUGACUAUGAUGUUAAUUAUAUUGGUUAAGACUAAUUGGGAAGAUCAAGCAAGAAGAGCAAAAGAACUUACUGAGAUUAUCAAUGGUGAUUAUGAUAAUCAAGAUGAAAACCCAGAGGAUUAUCUGGAAUCAUCAGAUUAUCACAAGUUAGAGAAUACAGAUGUUUGA